GCGCAAGGUUUUCGUAAUCGCGAAGUUGCAUGCGCGAGCGCUCUCUAUUAUUCACAGCGCGAGAAAUGUACGAACUACGUAGAUUCAAGAGCAUCGCUAUAGAAUCGCGAAGUUACAUGCGCGGCGCCCUCUACAAAUUCUUCAAAACCUGGCGUCCGAAACGCGACUGGUUUUGAUUUAGUCCCGCUUUGAGUGCGAAGUCUUCCCUCUACUGUCUAUAGUAAAAAUAAGUGAAAUACGAUAAUACGAAAAUUAUGGAAAUCAAACAUUAUGAGUUGAAAAACUGACUUAUUAGUGAUAGUUACUAUCACUUUCAUUGACGUGCCUUUUCUACGUGAAGUUUCUAUUGCUUCUGAAGUUCUGAUACUUUCUGUAGUAAUCGCGAUAUUAAUUUAAUUAGCCUACGUUUCAAAUUUCUAUCAAGACAUUGCACUUCUAAUAAAUUUGUGCAAAAACAAUCAUCAUUUCAAUCAUGGGUGGUAAACGCUCCAAGUUUUUUAGUGCAAUGGCCUGCUUCUUUACAAACGACCAGAAAGGGAAACCAGUGAAAAAAGCAGCUCCUGCCCGGAAGACUAAAUCUGAUAGAAAUCACGACAUUCUCACCUCCACUAACAUUCCUUUCAUUGAAUCAAAACCAAAACGUCAACGGAUUGAAUCAGCUAAGCCUAAAACUGCGCCAGAAAUUAUCGACUUGACGACGGAAAAAACCACUUCGUUAGUCCCGAUCGAAAUACAUAUUCUCGACGAAUCUAAAAAAACAUCGAAGAUUUUCUUGCAAUGGGAAGUAGAUCCCCUUGAAAUAAACGAUGGUUCCAGCACCGACCACUCUUCCAGCUCCGGAACUAUCACAAAAACUGAAAAAAUAUCGGAAGAUGAUCUCUUUGGAACAAUAUCAUUAAAAAAUGAACAAUUAGUAGAUAAUUCGAUAUCCGUCGAAAACAUGUUGGUUGAAAAACAAUUUGAUGAGUUUAAAAACGAUGUUACGAUGCUUAAACAGUCCAUUUGCGAUGAUGUCGAUUUAUCAUUGUUACCUCGAGGAAGUCAUGGAGCUGAGAUCAUUAGCUGUAGUGAUGGCAUGAUGAACGAUAUUAUAAAAGAAACUGAAACGGACAUCAAAGAAAAAAAGCCCAAGUUGAAUAAAGUGAAAAGUUCGGUGAAAGGAAGAAAAAAACGAGACGAUUUUCACGCUUCGAAAAUAAUACCAAUGAACGGGCUCGGUGCAUACUUUUGUUCUUUGUGCGAAAUCCAGCUAAAUGACUUGAGGAUGGUUAAAACUCAUUUGAGAAAAUGUAAACGCGUUAAACCUCGUUUUACGUGUAACCUUUGUGACAAACGAUUUCAAUGGAAAACAGUUCUAAACGCCCAUCUUAAAGAGCAUUUCGACGAUAAUAAUUUAGACGCAGACGUGAUCACAGAUCAAACCAAACCCGAUAUUUCAAUCAAAUGCGAACCUGAGCUAGAUAUUGCCAAAUUUUUAGACCUUGGUAAAGAUGAUCACGAAAGUUUCAACUACUUAGAGCAGAAGCUGAAAUGCAACAGUAGCACGGUUCAUUCAUCUUUAAUAAAACUGAUCACCGAUACCGAUCCCGAAAAAGUUAAUUUAGCUUGUGCGUAUUGCGAGGAAUGCUUCGAGUCGCAGAUAUCUUUAGUGGAGCAUUGUCGUACUCACAUGACUGAUCGGUCGUUUAUAUGUAACAUUUGUGGGACUGUAUUCAAGUCUAACUCGAGUUUGGUGUAUCAUACACGUAUUCAUUUUCGAAUGAUACGUAACCGAAAGAAGAAAGACUCGGUACCUUUCAUCAAAUACAUCUUGAGAUUGCAUUCGUGUAAAGAAUGUGAUAAAUCGUAUGUUUCCUGGUCAGCACUCAAUCAACAUCAACGUACUGUUCAUCCUGGUACAGCUGAGCAUCUUUGCGAGACUUGCGGUAAAAUUUACGCUAGCAAAGGUCAUUUAAAACAACAUGUAAAUCGAUUUUGUGGUGAGAAAAAAAGGACCAAGGCCACUAAGGGUAAAUUCACUUGUAAAAUGUGUGAUAAGAGGUUUUACAAAGAUACCACCCUGCAGAAACAUGAAUUAAAAGCUCAUUCGUUGCUCGAUGAAAGAUUACGUACGAAUGUAGGAUAGCGAGUAAAAUAUUAAUCAAAUUAGUGUAAUUUUUACGAAGAUAUGUAACGGUAUAUUUCAAGUAAAAUAUAAUAAUACAACUUAUUUUGAAA